CACUGCAGAGUUCAAUGUGUUUAUAGCUAAUAGGAGUAGACUGAAGAAGGGGUGGGGUUCUAGAUCCAAUACCCAGGACAGAUGAAUACUUUUCUGUCACAGGAUAUUCCUCUCUGUCUUUUUCUGGAGAAACUCUACAGUAGCCAGUCAGAUAGAAACUGAGAGGUUGAUUGGUGAAAAAUGCCAGAGGAGGAAGAACGAGAGGAAUUAGCCAAAGUCAUCAGACAGUGGAACAACAACAGACUGGAUUUGUUUGAAAUAAGCCAACCAGAUAAGAACUUGGAGUUUCAUGGUGUGAUGCGCUUCUACUUAGAAGAUCAUGUUGGAGGGAAUGUGGCCACAAAGUGCCUGCGUGUUCGCAGCAACUCUUCUACUCACGAGGUUAUUGAAACUUUGUCGGAGAAGUUCAGGCCUGAUAUGAAAAUGCUGACUACUAGUUAUUCCCUGUAUGAGAUCCACGCCAAUAAAGAGCGUAAACUGGAUCUGGACGAGAGACCUUUGGUCGUACAAUUAAACUGGACUACAGACAACAGAGAAGGACGUUUUGUUCUCAAGAAAGACAGGGAGAGUUUGGAGGAAAACUGUUACGAGAAGGAAAAAAGAGGCAUGAUCCAAAGCUUUAAGAGGACACUGUCCAGGAAAGAAAAGAAGAAAGAGAAGAACAAAACUAAAGGAACCGACAAGGUUUCAGAGGAUGAGAAUGGGUCAACUGAAAAGCUACCAAAUAACAACAGCAUUUCUGUGUCUAACCAUGACACAAAAAAGAGCUGCACAGAAAACAAAAAGCAACAAAGGCAGGCUGCCCCGGCAGGAAAGCACACAGAAAAUCUUUAUCCAAAUGUUUUGGAUCAACCUGGAUUACCAAUUGGAAUUAAAUUCUGUGAUAACUCUGAGGAGGCCUUUCUAUCUGCAGUCAUAAAUUACACCAACAGCUCCACUGUUCAUUUCAAGCUCUCACCUGCCUACACCCUCUAUGCUGCGGGACGCUUUGCUCUGCAACGCCAUUACAGGCAAGGCUCUUCAUCCUCACAGCAGACACUCAGUGUAACUUUGACUGCAAACAAAAUGGUGGCCAUGACAGGGAAGGUCAUCCAGAAGCAGCAGACCAUCGCCGGUGCACUCGCCUUCUGGAUGGCCAACUCCUCUGAGCUGCUGAACUUCCUCAAGCAUGACAAAGACCUCAGCUCGCUCACACAUCAAAGUCAGCUGGAUCUGUCCCACCUGGUGCACAAAGCUUACAGUUGCCUCCUACAGUGUCUACAGAAUGAAUUAAGGAAGCACUUGCCAACUUUCUUGAUUGAUCCUGAGCAACAUGGUGCACUACCUGCUGGUAUAGAGAUGGUGCUGAACACCUUGAUGAACACAAUGUCCCUUUUACGUCGCUGUCGGGUCAACCCUGCCCUAACCAUCCAGCUCUUCUCCCAACUCUUCCAUUUCAUCAGCGCCUGGCUCUUCAACCAGCUGAUGGGCUCAGAGACCAACACUCCAGGCCUGCGCUCCCACUACUGGGGAGCUGCUCUCCGCCAGAGGCUUACGGCUAUCGAAGCCUGGGCGGAGAGGCAGGGCCUGGAGCUGGCUGCUGACUGCCACCUCGGACACAUCAUCCAGGCAACCAUGCUCAUGACCAUGAACAAGUACUCGAUGCAAGAUGUGAAGGCCAUCCAGAAUACCUGUUUUAAACUGAACUCACCGCAACUGCAGACGUUGCUAUCCGGCUACCUCUAUGCAACCAAUGAGCCUCACAUCCCCCCUGAUUUGAUCAAUGCUGUAGUGGCGUCUGCAAAGGCCUCAGCAGAUAACCUUAUUCGGAGCGAAGGACGGGACAUCCUGCUGGAGGAGAGCCUCGACCUGCACCUGCCCUUCCUGUUGCCGGAGGGAGGAUACUCCUGUGACACUAUGAGAGGAAUCCCUCUAGGGUUUAGGGAAUUUUUGGAGCCAAUUUGCCAGAAAGGUCUCUGCUCUUUAACAUCCCUGCCAAACUCUAACGGUGACUGGACCGUGUACUUCAGUGAACCAACUCCCUCUGCAGAGAGCACACACUUGGCGGCACAAAGAGAGCCAGAGAUGGUGACUAUCACACUGAACAAACCUUUAAACAGUGGGAUGGGGGUCAGCAUUGUGGCUGCCAAGGGAGCGGGUAAAGGAAAACUUGGGAUUUAUAUCAAAUCUAUUGUCAAGGGAGGACCAGCUGAAAUGAAUGGCAGGUUAACAGCUGGGGAUCAGCUGCUGAGUGUGAAUGGUCAAAGUCUGGUUGAUCUCAAUCAAGAAAGGGCCGCAGCUAUCAUGAUGCAAACUGGCCCCGUUGUGACCUUAAAGGUUGCAAAGUUUGGAGCGAGCUACCACGGCCUGGGAGCUCUGCUGAGCGAACCCCCCUCAGAGAGGACUACAGGACACAAAACCCCCGCCAAGCCAAACGGUGAAGCGCUUAUGCUGUACAGGGUUGUGGAUCCAGGUCCCUCACAACAGCUCCACGGAGGCAGCAAUAGGAAGAAAGACCAGGUGAUGCAAAGAAACAGACAACUUUAUCGCUCCGACCCCAACAUGACCGAUUUCCCCCGCGACGAUGGAGAUGAACCGGUUGACCUUACUGCAGCUGCUGUGUCCACUAUCAACCUUUGUGCUGAUACAUUUCACAGGGAAUACUUGACACUUCCAACCCGUAAACCUCAGGACAGAAACUCAUCUGAAUCCAGCCGACCACAGCAAACAUUCAAAGUGUCUUUGAGGCCUUUAGAUGGACAGAGCUCCAGUAAGAGGACCUUCAUGCGCCAAGCUCUGUCACAUGAGAACUUGUGUAUGGACACUGGAGGCCCCCUGCUGGACGAAAGGCAGAACUUGUGGGAGCAGAAGCAGCAGCGGGCAAAGCAAACCAUGAGCCAAUAUUCAUCUUUCCCAAUUCGCUCGAGUGUUUCCACUCAUGACAUCCUCUCAGAUAACUGUUCUCCUACAAAACAACAGCAGAGCGGCCGUACAAGUGGCGCCGGUGUCUGGAGAACUCCUUUUUCACAACAUCCAACACCGACGCCUUCCAACCAGCCAAUACGCAUCGACAUCCCUGUAACCAGAGCAGGGAACACAAAUCCUCCACUCACCACCUUCCAGAGUUCAUCUUUGCUGGCAGUGAGGAUGAGCCAAACCCUUAAAGUAAAUGGAAAUAAAAACAGAGCUAAUCAUAUUUAUGCAUGUCCCAUUACUGCAACCAAGAAGCUACCUCAGCCCAUGCUUCUAUCUCAGCUGCAGAGAUCCAACAUACACAAGGAAAAACCCCAAGUAAGCAUCACUCCAACCAAACAUGUCUCCUUCCAAGAACCUCCCUCUCAGCAGAAGCAGGGGACAGGUCCCACAAGGCCAAAGGACCCCCAGGAGCUGUCUGACCCAUGGCGGAGGGAGGCCCACGAGAACCUGGAGAAGCAGCAGAGGCUCCGUAUGGUGGAGCUCCUAGAGCAGGAGGUGCACGAGCUCCAGGGUAGAGCAAGGCGCACGGCGGAGGAGAACGAGCGCCUCCGAAGGCUGAGCCUGGAGUGGCAGUUUCAGAAGAGGCUGCGGGAGCUUCAGCAGAGAGGAGAGGAGGAUGAGGAUGAGGAUGAGGAAGAUUUGGACAUGAUGGUGACCAUACAGCAGCUGGAGAAGAGAACACAGAACAUGAGGAGCUCUGCUGAGAACGUCAACACUGGAUUGAAAGAGUUAGAAAAGCAGGCUGGAACUUCUCUCUCCCAAAAGGAAGACAAAGCAAAGACAGAUCAAAGACCAAGCGGACUGAGUCAAGAUAUUAACAACAUGGCAUCAAAAGAAAGCCAGAAGGAGAAAACCAAGAGAGCGCCAGCUCCUGAAAAGCUCACAUUCAAGGAGCGUCAGCGUCUCUUUUCUCUGGCGUCCAGUGCAUAAAUGAAGACUAAAGCCUCGCAAACAGAAACCUCAAAGGGGGAACAUGUCUAUAUAAACAACGGUAAUCAUGUGCUAAGAAAAAUGACAGACACAGUACCAUGUAAACAGACAGUGUGAGGAUGUAUUACUGUAUGUCUUAGUUAAAUGUCCCAGAGACAUAGUGUGGG